AUGGGAGGUUUCUGUUCUGUAUGUUUACCAGAGCAUCAAGCACAACAAAUCUAUGAUUCUGUUCAGGCUGAACCAUCAACGUAUAUCCAUCCGAGAAUAUUGGGAAGAAAUCAAUCGACAGGUUCGAGCUUGACAACCGUCUCCUCAAUAUAUUCCUUUAGUAGCAAAUCGAGUUUUACAUCUUCAUAUAAGAGAAGAAGAAUACGAGCAUAUAGAAGAUAUGGAGAAGAGGACACUGCUUCUUCCUUUGAUGAUUCCAGCAAUCAUUUAAAACCACCUUCAUUCACUGGAUCACAAAUCCUCGAAUUUCCUCCUUCAAUGAAUGUAAAUAUUGGAUUAAAGAGAAGAGAAUCUCAAUCCUCCAUUAACAACCUUUCCAAUUCUUGCGAUGAAGGAACUCUCUUACUAGGUGAAUAUUCAAUAAUCCGUCCAACAAUCCCUUCAUCUCCUGUAAAUAAUAACAUUCCACAAAUCACCACUUCCCCUACCCAUUCAAAAGCGUUUGAGAAUCGUUCAAGUAGAUCAUUUGAGACCAAUGAAUCUAGAAGAACCGCAGCAGUUUCAUCUUCUUCACUUCAUAUUUCAUUGUACGGUUCAGAUUCUUGCUCCCAAUACGGUUCACCUUCCCAUUCUUCACACUCUCCAUCCCAUUCUCCUUCCCAUUCUCCAUCAUCGAGACUCUCUUCAAAUCCAUUCAAACCAGCAAACUCAGAUGGUGAAAUGCUCAUGUUAAGAUUACCAACAGUGACAGACUCCAAAUUUAAAAAAUCAAAAUCAACAGGUGAAGUUCAAUACAAUCUUGAAAGAAGAAUGUCACUCUCUUCCAACAUCAUUGUUGAUGGUCCUAAUAGUAGAUUAAAUUCUCUCAAGAGUAGAAAUUAUCUUGUUCAACCAAUAAAAUAAUUCAUUCCUAUAAACACAUUAUGUAAUCAUAUGAUAUUAUUAACUCUAAGGAUAAAUC